CUAGCGUUACUUGAACUCAAUACCAGUAGGCACUAGGCAGUAACCUCAGUUGCUCUCCACUCGCCAAGUCUACCCGCCGAGACAACACGAAGACGGCCAUUUCGCGUUGUUAGAAAACAGUGUCAACAUUCGCGCUAUUGUUUUCCCGCGCAUUAUCGAUUUACAAGAUGAGGUUGCUGCUGUUUGUGUGUACUGUGGCGUUCUUGUGUGGAGUGAUGGCUAAAAGCAAGAAAGACGACAAUAAGGUCAAAAUAGCGGUGUACUAUGAGUCUCUGUGUCCGGACAGUAAGAAGUUCAUCACCAGCCAGCUGGCGCCAGUGUGGAGGGACUUCAGGGGGUCAGUCAAGGUCAAACUGGUACCCUAUGGCAAGAGCACGCACGACAAAGUGAGCGGAAAAUGGCAGUUCGUGUGUCACCACGGACCCGACGAAUGUUAUGGCAAUAAGGUCCAAGCUUGCAUCUUGAAGGACCGCAGGCUGCAGGACACAGACAAGAUGGAGCUGGUCAUCUGUCUGAUGAACCAGCCCAACCCGGACAAGUCUCUGGACACGUGCCUAGAACAAGUGAAGAAAUCGUCCGAGUCUGAUAAGUUGAAGCAGUGCGCGUCCGGUGCACAAGGUGACAACCUGCUGGCUUCCUACGGGGACAAGUCCGACCUGGUCCAGCGGCCGCUGUCCUUCGUGCCCACCGUCAUCAUCAACGAGAAGUUCGACCAAGCGGUGCAGGACGAGGCUAUGACGGACCUCAAGUCAAUUGUGUGUCGAGUGGCCAUUAACAAGCCGGCCGGUUGUUGAACGUAAUAAUAACAACUUAAUACUCUGUUUUAUAUACUCUUCGUGUGGACAAAGAGUAGGAAAAAAAAGCAGAACACGUGGCCUGCAGUCAGCAUUACAUUAGGAUUUACUGUAAUUAACUGAACGCGAGUAUCAAACAUAUAAAUAAAAUAUUUAUAAUUGAUUACGAGUGCAAUGACAGCAAAAUUUUUA